CACCAGAAGUUUUCAAUCCCGAGCGGUUCCUGGACUCCAAGCAGGGCACCAUUCCUGGAUCGGAUACAGACUUCCGGAUGUCCCUCCAAUUUGGGGCCGGCAGGCGCGUUUGUCCUGGCCAAUGGAUUGCUUGGCAGGCGAUGCAACUCGCGGCGAUGCGCCUCGUCUGGGCAUUCAGUUUCUCGGACGCCAAAGACCAAGUAACUCAAAAGCCAAUGCCGCAGGAUCUCGACUGCUAUGAUGCAGGAUUUAUCAUUCACCCGCAUCCUUUCACAUGCACUAUUCAGCCGCGCAGUCCUGACCAUCAGCAGCUCAUUAGUCAAAGUGUAGAUUCAGCAGAGGAUUUCCUCAGCCGCUAUGACACUGCAGCAACGUAGCCGACAGCGAUAUAUACAUAGUACCAUGUCUGUACAAGACGCAUCCAUCAUACUCAAUCGUACUCCUGCAUGACCUUCU